CUCCGGUCUCCUGCCGGGAUAGUGACGGUAGGGGUGGAAAUGGGAGGGCAGAGGGAGGCGGAUUAAUCCCUUAAUUACGCCGUGAUCGGCGUGGCACCUGCUUUCCGCCUGCCCAGCUCCCAGGAGACUCCAGCACUGGGGGGUGGAGAGAAGGACGAGGGAAGGAGGAGGGCACGAGGAGGCACCGAUCGUACCCAGGCGUGCCGGCAGGAGAGCGGCACCGUGGCUGCGGCAGCGCGCAGAGGCUGUGGAGGGGCUUACGGCUCCCAGCCCACGGGUCUCAGACCCAGGGGCUGGGCCCCGAGCCCCCCGCCCCGAUCCCGGCUGAGUCGAGCCAUGUUGCGCUACUUGCUGAAAACGCUGCUGCAGAUGAACUUGUUCGCGGACUCUCUGGCCGGGGACAUCUCCAACUCCAGCGAGCUGCUCUUGGGCUUCAACUCCUCUGUGGCGGCGCUCAACCACACCCUGCUGCCCCCCGGGGAUCCUCUCAACGGGUCAAGGGUGGAACCGGAGGACGCUAUGCCCCGCAUUGUGGAGCAGCCGCCAGAUCUGCUGGUCUCUCGAGGCGAGCCCGCCACGUUACCAUGCCGCGCGGAGGGCCGGCCCCGACCCAACAUUGAGUGGUACAAGAACGGAGCGCGUGUGGCCACUGUGCACGAGGACCCGCGCGCGCACCGCCUGCUGCUGCCCAGCGGCGCCCUCUUCUUCCCGCGCAUCGUGCACGGGCGCCGCGCGCGGCCGGACGAAGGCAUCUACACUUGUGUGGCUCGCAACUACCUGGGGGCAGCAGCGAGCAGAAACGCCUCGCUGGAAGUGGCAGUCCUCCGAGAUGAUUUCCGGCAGUCUCCUGGGAACGUGGUGGUGGCAGUGGGGGAGCCAGCAGUACUGGAAUGCGUGCCUCCUCGCGGCCACCCGGAGCCUUCCGUGUCCUGGAGGAAGGACGGUGCAAGACUCAAGGAAGAGGAGGGAAGGAUCACGAUCCGUGGAGGGAAGCUGAUGAUGUCACAUACACUCAAGAGCGAUGCAGGGAUGUAUGUGUGCGUGGCCUCCAACAUGGCGGGAGAAAGGGAGAGUGUACCAGCUAAAGUCGUGGUACUGGAGCGUCCCUCAUUCCUGCGCAGACCAGUGAAUCAGGUGGUCCUGGCUGAUGUGCCUGUGAAUUUCCUAUGUGAGGUGAAGGGGGAUCCCCCACCUCGUCUAAGCUGGCGCAAGGAGGAUGGGGAACUACCCACAGGCAGGUAUGAGAUCCGGAGUGACCACAGCCUUUGGAUUGGGCAUGUGAGUGCCGAAGAUGAGGGAACGUACACCUGUGUGGCGGAGAACAGUGUGGGCCGCGCUGAAGCAUCUGGCUCCCUCAGUGUUCAUGUCCCACCCCAGUUGGUGACCCAGCCCCAGGACCAGAUGGCAGCUCCUGGAGACAGCGUGGCUUUCCAGUGCGAGACCAAAGGAAACCCCCCACCUGCCAUCUUCUGGCAGAAGGAGGGGAGUCAGGUCCUGCUUUUCCCCAGUCAAUCACUUCAGCCGACGGGGCGCUUCUCAGUCUCUCCAAGAGGCCAACUCAACAUCACUGCGGUGCAGCGUGGGGAUGCGGGGUACUACGUGUGCCAGGCUGUCAGUGUGGCUGGCAGCAUCCUGGCCAAGGCCCUGCUGGAGGUAAAAGGAGCCUCCUUGGAUGGGUUGCCUCCUGUCAUCCUCCAGGGACCAGCCAAUCAGACGCUGGUGCUUGGCUCCUCUGUGUGGCUGCCAUGCAGAGUGACUGGUAACCCUCAACCUAGUGUCCAGUGGAAGAAGGAUGGGCAGUGGUUGCAGGGGGAUGACCUCCACUUAAAGCCAAUGGCCAACGGUACCCUGUACAUCGCCAACGUGCAGGAGAUGGACAUGGGCUUCUACAGCUGUGUGGCCAGGAGUUCCCUAGGGGAAGCCACAUGGAGUGGUGGGCUUAAGAUUCGGGAAGAUUGGGGAGUAUCACCAGACCCCUCUACAGAACCCAGUGCCCCUCCGGGGCCUCCCUCUCAGCCAGUGGUCACUGAGAUCACCAAGAACAGCAUUACCCUGACCUGGAAGCACAACCCACAGACUGGGGCUGCAGUCACGUCCUAUGUGAUAGAGGCCUUCAGCCAAGCAGCUGGCAACACGUGGCAUACUGUGGCAGAUAGCGUGCAGCUGGAGACACACACAGUCAGUGGUCUGCAGCCCAAUACCAUCUACCUGUUUCUGGUUCGAGCAGUGGGAUCCUGGGGCCUCAGUGAGCCCAGCCCCGUCUCUGAGCCUGUCCGUACACAGGACAGCAGCCCCUCUAGGCCAGUGGAGGACCCAUGGAGAGGCCAGCAGGGACUGGCUGAAGUGGCUGUGCGCAUGCAGGAGCCAAUCGUCCUGGGACCCCGAACCCUGCAGGUGUCCUGGACUGUGGAUGGCCCAGUCCAGCUGGUGCAAGGUUUCCGGGUGUAUUGGAGGGUAGUGGGCCCUGACGGAGGAAGCUGGACAAUGCUGGACCUACAGUCCCCCAGCCAACAAAGUACUGUGCUAAGAGGGCUUCCUCCAGGGGCCCAAAUCCAGAUCAAGGUGCAAGCCCAAGGCCAGGAGGGGUUGGGGGCUGAAAGCCUCUCUGUGACCAGGAGCAUUCCUGAGGAAGCCCCCAGUGGCCCCCCCCAGGGAGUGGCGGUGGCCUUGGGGGGUGAUGGCAACAGCAGUAUCACUGUGUCCUGGGAACCUCCACUCCCCUCCCAGCAAAAUGGGGUCAUCACGGAAUACCAGAUCUGGUGCCUGGGCAAUGAGAGCCGCUUCCACCUCAAUCGGUCUGCAGCAGGCUGGGCACGCUCCGCGAUGCUCCGAGGACUGGUGCCCGGUCUCCUCUAUCGAACCCUAGUAGCGGCGGCCACCAGCGCUGGCGUGGGCGUGGCCAGUGCCCCGGUGCUGGUGCAGCUGCCGUUUCCCCCGGACCUGGAGCCCGAGCUGGAGGUGGGCGCGGGGCUGGCGGAGCGGCUGGCGAGGGUGCUGCGGGAGCCCGCCUUCCUCGCGGGCAGUGGUGCCGCCUGCGGGGCGCUGCUGCUCGGGCUCUGCGCCGCCCUCUACCGGCGCAGGAAACAGCGCAAAGAGCUCAGCCACUACGCGGCCUCUUUUGCCUACACACCGGCAGUGUCCUUCCCGCACUCGGAGGGCCUCUCUGGAGCCAGUUCCAGACCACCCAUGGGCCUCGGCCCCGCCCCCUACCCAUGGCUGGCAGAUUCGUGGCCCCACCCGUCUCGAAGCCCCUCGGCCCAGGAACCCAGAGGAAGCUGCUGCCCCAGCAAUCCUGACCCGGAAGACAGAUAUUACAAUGAAGCAGGAAUCUCCCUGUAUCUGGCUCAGACCGCCCGGGGCACGGCCGCCCCUGGAGAGGGUCCUGUCUACAGCACCAUUGACCCAGCAGGGGAGGAGCUGCAGACCUUCCAUGGGGGCUUCCCUCAACAUCCCUCCGGGGAUCUGGGCCCCUGGAGCCAAUACGCUCCUCCAGAGUGGAGCCAGGGGGACAGUGGAGCCAGGGGAGGCAAAGUGAAGCUUCUGGGGAAACCUGUGCAGAUGCCCUCUCUGAACUGGCCAGAAGCCCUGCCCCCACCUCCCCCUUCCUGUGAACUGAGCUGCCUAGAGGGACCUGAGGAGGAGCUGGAGGGCAGCUCAGAGCAAGAGGAGUGGUGCCCGCCGACAUCUGAGAGAAGCCACCUGACAGAGCCCAGCUCUAGUGGAGGGUGCCUGGUCACUCCAUCCCGAAGGGAAACUCCCUCUCCCACACCCUCCUAUGGACAGCAGUCCACAGCCACUCUUACCCCCUCGCCUCCUGACCCUCCCCAGCCCCCCACUGACAUGCCCCAUCUCCAUCAGAUGCCCAGGAGGGUGCCCCUUGGGCCAACUUCCCCUCUCAGUGUAUCCCAGCCCAUGCUGGGGAACCAUGAAGGGAGGCCUGCUGGCUCAGGUGCUGGCCCUGCAGCCUCGUCGCACCUCAGCCCCAGCCCUGCCCCUAGCACAGCCAGCAGUGCCCCAGGCAGAACCUGGCAGGGGCAUGGGGAGAUGACUCCCCCACUUCAAGGACCCCGUACUCGAAUCCGGAAGAAACCCAAGGCUCUUCCCUACAGGAGGGAGAACAGUCCUGGGGACUUGCCCCCACCACCCUUGCCGCCGCCAGAGGAAGAAUCAAGCUGGGCCCUAGGGCUGAGGGCAGCAGGCAGCAUGUCCUCCCUGGAGCGGGAGCGCAGUGGGGAGAGGAGAGUGGUGCCAGCAGUGCCCCUGGCGGCCCAGCGGGGGCCCCGCCCAGAUGAAGAGGCCUGGCUCCUAUACAGCAGACCAAACUUCCUGUCCCGAAGCCAGGGCACCAGCACCUGUUCCACUGCCGGCAGCAACUCUUCCAGGGGCUCCAGCAGCUCUAGGGGCUCCCGGGGCCCUGGCCGGAGCCAGAGUCGGAGCCGGAGCCAGAGCCAAAGGCCUGGACAGAAACGCAGAGAGGAACCAAGAUGACCCUUGCUGGGGCAUUGAGAAUGUCAGGAGUGCCACGGGGAAGGGAAAUAGGCACGUCUCUUCCCUCCCAGCAGUGAUGAGUGGGGUUUCUGAAGCCCACUGUUAUCCAUUAUUUCAAUUGGCUGAGAAGGCCAAAAGAAAACAAUAAAAAGAGUCUGA